AAGCGAAGUGCGAAGAUGGGCGAAUUUUCCUUCUUAUUCGUUCUCUAUUCGAUCGUUUCGUUGAUCGGUGCAUCGAAAUUUGAUAACUGCGAAUAUAUAAACAAUUGCAAUGUGUGCACGAGUAACGGAAGCUUGGUGAAGAUGAAAAGAAACGUGGACACGAUAAAUAUUUUCGAAUUGAAUCUAACUUCGAUCGACGAGAACACGUUCGAGGAUGUGACGCCCAUCAAGCUGAGCUUCUCUAUCGGUAACAAUAUAUCCAGUGUGAAGAAGGAAUCGUUCAAGGGAUUGGAGAUGUUGAAAGAACUGGAUCUGAGCAACAACAUGAUACUUCUCUCGCCGUAUCUCUUCUCAGAAUUGAAACACUUGCGUCUGCUGAUUCUGAAAAACAACAAGUUCAAGGAGAUACCCAAACACUCGUUCGCCGGCAUACCCAACUUGAAGGAGCUCCACUUGCAACGUAAUUACAUCCAAUCGGUCAACAACGAUUCGUUUUCGGGAUUGUCCUCGUUAGAGACGCUUCAACUGGACAAUAACAGAAUCUCUAAUAUAGAUGCUGAAUCUAUUUGCCUGAUGCCAAAAUUGGAAGAGCUUCAUCUGAUGAACAACACGCUCACGUCUAUCCAGCCAGGAUCCUUGACGUGUCUGCACAAUCUGAAACUUGUGAAUUUUGCGUUCAAUCGGUUGGCCAGGUUGUCCAAAACGGAUUUCGAGGGAUUGAUGAAUAUAGAGAGCAUGAAUCUGCGCAACAAUCGGAUAGCCACUAUCGAUCCGGACACGUUCUCGCAUAUGGAGAAAUUGAAAAACUUGUUUAAGAACAAUCAACUUACCACGAUCGGUUCUCGCCUGUUCAACGGGUUGACCGCACUGAGCUCGCUUGAAUUAAAUAGUAAUAAGAUAGACACGUUGGAGCCUGGUUCCUUUGCCGAUCUUAACAAUCUGCAUGUAUUACAUCUCGAAGAUAACAAUUUGACUGCAAUGGACAGGGAGAAGGUUGGAUUGACCAAUUCGACUAAUCUGAUUGUACACGAAGGAAAUACGACUACGAGUACAUUUAACGAAGAGGAAGAUCAAGCGACGAUUUUGUAUUGGUUGAUAAUUGGAAAAAGAUUCAAUUUUAAUCAAAAUUGA